AUGUCAGCCACUAGUACUGUUCCUUCAGAUACAGCAUCCACACCUACAACCAUUCCUGCUACCAAUCAUCCAGUUUCAGCAGACAUACCAUCAUUGCCUGUUGCUGCUGAUGGUGACAUCUUACAAGAGGAAAUGCCCAAAUCUGUAACAGUAAAGGAGUUUGCAAUUCAAGAGACAGAUCCAGGGCUAUGGAAUAUUAAUGUUACCAACACAAUAGAUUACUGGAUUCAUGCAAUCAUGCAAUCAUCAAGCGUCUGUAACUUUGCCAAGCUGCAGACGCUUGGCAAAGCUCAUCAAUUAUUACUAGACACGAUGGCCAGUCGCACUCGUGAAAACAACCCAGCUUUGGAGGCCAAGAUAAAAUCUGCGAUGGAGGAUCAACAAACUGAUGUGUCAAGAACCCCAUCGCCAGACCCCAUCACCCCAACUGGUUCUCCAGACCCCAUCACCCCAACUGGUUCUCCAGACCCCAUCACCACAACUGGUUCUCCAGACCCCAUCACCACAACUGGUUCUCCAGACCCCAUCACCACAACUGGUUCUCCAGACCCCAUCGCCAGACAUCUGGUCCAGACCCCAUCUGGUUCUCCAGACCCCGUCGCCACAUCUGGUUCUCGUCCAGACCCCGUCGCCACAUCUGGUUCUCGUCCAGACCCCGUCGCCACAUCUGGUUCUCCAGACCCCAUCGCCACAUCUGGUUCUCCAGACCCCAUCGCCACAUCUGGUUCUCCAGACCCCAUCGCCACAUCUGGUUCUCCAGACCCCAUCGCCACAUCUGGUUCUCCAGACCCCAUCGCCAGAAUUUGGUUCUCCAGGCCCCAUCGCCAGAAUUUGGUUCUCCAGGCCCCAUCGCCAGAAUUUGGUUCUCCAGGCCCCAUCGCCAGAAUUUGGUUCUCCAGACCCCAUCGCCACCCCAUCCCCAUCGCCACAUUUGGUUCUCCAGACCCCAUCGCCACAUCUGGUUCCCCAGACCCCAUCGCCACAUCUGGUUCCCCAGACCCCAUCGCCACAUCUGGUUUCUCCAGUUCUCCAUCUGGUUCUCCGGACCCCAUCGCCACAUAG